AUGGCGUCGCUUCCUGGAGAGGAUCAAGUCUAUGCAACGCUUUUGUUGAACGACACAUACCUACCAGGUGCAUUGGUUCUUGCUCACUCUCUUCGCGAUGCCGGCACUUCCAAACAGCUCGUAGUCCUGGUCACGCUCGAUACCGUUUCGGCUGAGGUCAUCACUGAACUCAAGGCUGUCUACGAUCAUGUCAUCCCCGUCCCGCGCAUACGCAACGCUCGACCCGCGAACCUAUACCUGAUGAACCGGCCCGACUUGCAUUCGGCAUUCACCAAAGUUAAUCUUUGGAGGCAGACUCAAUUCUCCAAAAUUGUCUAUAUUGACGCCGAUGUAGUCGCCUACAGAGCUCCUGACGAGCUGUUCGACAUCGCCGCUCCCUUUUCCGCCGCGCCUGAUAUCGGAUGGCCGGACCUUUUCAAUACGGGUGUCAUGGUUUUAACUCCCAACAUGGGAGAUUACUAUGCUCUCAUAGCAAUGGCCGAGAGAGGUAUCUCAUUCGAUGGCGCCGAUCAGGGUCUCCUUAAUAUGCACUUCAAGAACACGUACAACCGCAUCAGCUUCACAUACAACGUGACACCCUCGGCGCAUUAUCAAUACGUACCCGCCUAUCGACACUUUCAGUCGAGUAUCAACAUGGUACAUUUCAUUGGCCCUGACAAACCCUGGUUUCAAGGUCGACAGGCAAGCAAAGGAGACUCGCCGUUUGAAGACAUGAUUGGGAGAUGGUGGGCAGUCUAUGACCGACACUACAGAGUUGCCGAAACAGCUUCUGCUCCUGCAAUUCAACAGCAGAAGUAUCAGGAUGAGACUUCGCAGCAUCAGCAGCGGGAACAGCAGAUCCCUGAGAUUGUACAGUACUUCACUAAAGGAGAAUUCCAGCCGCAGUCGCAGGCUACUCAAGCAGCAUUAACGGGUGAGCACCAUUACGGGACGCAAACCCCCCGCAAUCGCGGUAGCCCACACUACCAGACACCACCUCCCUCUUCGGCCCAUGAGGAUUAUGGCUCUCCCCACCACAAUGCCCAUGGACCCGAUUCUUCCCAGCCGCAUCACCAUAAUGAACUGCCAUACCGCGACCGUGAUCAGAAAUCCCAGCCUGAGAUUGCGUAUCAGGCUGGCCAAUCGUUUCCCCCUCCCAGCGAGUCGUUUAGUAGUUUUGCUGGAACGCAGGCUGAGGCUCGAUCAGAGCAGAUUUCAGCACCUCAGGGGCGGGGUCCAACACCGCCACCCGUGGAACAGACGCGAGAGCCAAGCCCUCCUCCUCCUCCAGCAUGGGAUGCUCAGAGACAACCACCACCAGUAGACUCGCGGCCCGAGGCGCUCAAUUUCCCCUCGCAGACCUACGAGAUGUCUCAAGACCCCGCUCCGUUUGUGCCCCCCGAACGAUAUCCUAGCCCCCCAAGAAAUAUGUGGUAUGAAGUUCCGAAGCAAAAGCCAACGCAGAAGCCUCGACCUCUCUUCCCCUGGGAAGUCAAUCAACCCAAACCGACCAGAAUAUUUACCGCAGAUCUGGCCGAGCCGGAAGCAGGGGAGUCUUUGAGCACGCCGACUGGUGAGCAAGCGGCAUCGCCCAUAUCCCAGGCUCCUGCUGAGCCAUCUCUCAUAGGAUCAUCGACGACUGGUCAAAAGGCCGAGCCCAGCACCCCGUCCACCCCGACCAUCAAAGUCAGCCCAUCGGAUCCUUGGACCACUUUCACGCGCACAAAUGCCUGGGACGAAGUGCCCGAGAUCGAGCGCUACGUCGAGGGUCUUCAAAAGCAUCGCCGGGGAAAGAGCCAAGGUUCGGUGGGUCUUUCUGAUGAGAAGGCGGCGAAGGAGCACGGCCUCAAGCUCACCGACUUCCCAAGUGUUGUCGAACGACCUAGUCUUCCAGUCACUCCUGCACCAAUUCGUCGACCAAAGUUCUGGGGUGGUGGCCCCGGGACUGGCGACGGUGAUAACGAGGAGGAGCUGCCGGUCGCCUAUGGCGUGCCGCCGCAGUCGGACUGGGACCCUUCAGCACAGCUUCAAAAACUGGCUAAACAGCAGUCAGAAGCUUUGCUGAAGAAGCUUGGUGGUGGCGAAGGUGGUCAUGAGGGUGUGAGUCGCGAGAUCCCAACACGUUCCCUGCCGUUUGGUUCGGAGGGUGUCAUUUCACCUACUUAUGUCGCGCAGUCAUCUGGAGGGGUGGUGCUCAGUCCGCAGCCGGUAAAAGGCAGCGCGACUACAAGUGCUCUGCGUAGUCUGAGUGGUGACCGGACAUCGUCAGCAACCACGGCCGUCCCGCCGCCGGCCUACCAAGGCUCUGUCACCUCUUGGGAGAGCGGCGAAGGGGUAUCGCUUAGAGAGACGCCGGCAUUGCUGUCAAACGAGCAGCGCGAUGCGUUGGACACGUAACAGGAGGUCAUGAAGCGUGAGCAUUCCUAACAUUUAAUUUACCCAGCAGCGAUAUUCAAGCAUAUGAGGGAUGAAAAGUAAUGGCAUAUGGGGAUGGGACAACGCACUUUCACUGUACAUUAUUGGCGACCAGAGUGUAAAGAUAAGGAGUGUGGUAAUGCACGGCAAAUUAUCACGAGUUGCCGCCCACUGUUUUGGGGACUCUGGAAUUCGCUGAGCGGGUGACAUUGGCGCUCGGUUCGUUGGUCAUGUUCACGAUCUAUCACUGCGGAGAUGGGUAUCCGGACAAUGUGGCAUGUCUUGCGCGUCCAAAAGUUAAUCGCUAAUAAUCCU